AUGAUAUUUUCGAAUCGCAAGCCAAAAGGAACCGUAAUCAAGAGUUAUUUAAAAGUCUUCUCCUUAUUACUUUUCAGCACUUGGCCAAGGGGGACUAUCUCUACACGCCUUCCAUUCCCCAGUGAAACUUUUUAUUACCUACCGCGUUUAUCGUCUCCCUACCCUCACAUCCAUCCUUUUACAUGCUUAAAUUUGUCCACCUCCUCUUUUCCUUUUCUUCUUUUUCUCUAUCUAUCUAUCUAUCUAUCUAUCUAUCUAUCUAUCUAUCUAUCUAUCUAUCUAUCUAUCUAUCUGACUGACACCUAUCUUUCUUACGUACCGAUUUAUCAAGUGUGGCCUUUUUCUUUUCUUCUUCUUUUUUUUAAUUUUUUUUUUUUAGAUAUUUUUACUUUUUAUGAAUAUUCUUCUUUUCCUAUUUGUUCUCCUUUUUUUGUCCUUACUCCACCAAACCUACACAACUUCAAUCCCAUUCCGAUGAUAUUGAGUCACUACUAUGUCAUUCAUAUCUAUCUAUCUAUCUAUCUAUCUAUCUAUCUAUCUAUCUAUCUAACCCAGUCCAUUAAUAUCUAUUUAUCUUCUUGUAUUUUCUAUAAUGUUCUAAUAAUAUACAUCUAUCUAUCUAUCUAUCUAUCUAUCUAUCUAUCUAUCUAUUAUUAUUAUUAUUAUUAUUAUUAUUAUUAUUUCUUUAUCAAAUUUCUUUCAUUGGCUUACAUUCUGACAGAAGCAUACAAACGGAGUGUCCUUUUAUUAGAGAGUUCAGCAGCACCAUUGUCUUUUGUUUUCUUUUCAAAAGCCUGUUAA